ACUACCUUGACGAUUAGCGACAACCGCACUUUCAAGCGAGUGACACAGACGUCGAGUACCACCCUCUCGGGCGGUACCAUGGUGUCCGUAAAGCAAGAAGGUAGCGUUGAAACGUUGGUACCUGCAUAUGUAGAUAGUACGACUUUUGUAAACUCUCCCAGCGUCCCGCAGAGUAGCUCUGCUAGGCAGGGUUUGGUGGCGGGAGUGCAGCAGAGGAGCGGUGAUGACUGUGAGUCCGUAACUUUACCCAACCCCAGCCAGAUAUCAGAGCUGCUGUCGAAAACGAUCUCGGACGCACACACCAGGACGUGUUUAUACACCUUGGAGCACAUCCACGAGAUGUUCCGGAAACCCCACGAUCUCUCGCGACUGUUAUUUUACAAAAAUAUGGCGCACGAAGAGUUGUGGCUGGAAUGUGCGCAGAAAUUGACCACCAUCAUACAGCAGAUCAUCGAGUUCGCGAAAAUGGUACCUGGAUUCAUGAAAUUAUCGCAGGACGAUCAGAUUGUGUUACUUAAAGCAGGAAGCUUCGAGUUGGCGAUAAUAAGGAUGUCUCGAUAUCUGGAUCUCUCCCAAAACUGUGUACUCUAUGGAGACACGAUGCUGCCCCAAGACGCUUUCUUCACUUCCGAUACGGCCGAAAUGAAGUUAGUGUCUUGCGUAUUUGAAGUAUCGAAGAGUAUAGCAGAACUGAAGUUGACGGAAACAGAGUUGGCGUUGUACUCCGCCUGUGUACUGCUGUCUCCAGACCGACCCGGACUGAAAGGAAUCGGAGAGAUCGGACGACUGAGCCAAGCUGUCGUUAGAGCUCUUCGACUAGAACUAGAGAGGAAUCAUAGCCUACCGAUAAAAGGCGAUGUCACAGUGUGUGAUGCACUGCUGACCAAGAUUCCAACCCUGAGGGAAAUCAGUAUGCUGCACAUGGACGCGUUAGGAAAACUGAAGAGGUCAGCGCCGCAUCUCGAGUUUCCAGCGCUCCACAAGGAGUUGUUCAGUGUCGACAGUUGAAGCUGUAACUCCAAUCACACCUGUCUACAUGGCAGCCUAGGGUAGCUACUAUUCCUUCUUAACUGAAAGAUGUAUAUCGGCCUUAAUACAUAAAUAAUAUUAAAAUAUAAUUUUCGUUAUUAAAAGGUAAAAAUUUAUUGUUGUGACAUAAAAAUUUAACAAAAUAAACGCAGAUCUCUAAGAUUCGUUUAAAGAAUUGCAAAGUUUAUCCUAACCAGGCCCUGAUUUAAAAGUACAACUUAUAUUUUAUUUUCGUUGAAUACAUUUUACGGCAUGUUUCAAGAGCUCAAUCAAGAACAAGAAGAAUAAAUAGAGGUAUGUUUACAUAUUUCAAACUAUAUUGUUGUCGAGAAUAUAAAUAUAUUCUGGUAAAUACAAGACUGAUAUAUGCAAGUUUAAAAUGUGUGAUCAUAUUUUGCCUACAGGACGCUGUGGUGGGUUUAAUAAUUAUUAUUCAAAAUUGUGUUGAAAUUUAGAUUCAAAUGACUUAUUAUUAACGUUCGCUGUAGUUACAAAGUGUAUUAAAUUAAUUUUACACUAAUUUCAACUAUCAACGCUGUACUUUAUUAGCUUAUAUUGAUACUCAUGCUACUUAGUUUUUAAAAAG